CAAGGUACUGCUGGACUAAAAGGUAAAGUAAGGUAGUAUCUCAUUUUGUGAAGAUAGUGUAGGUCAGAACAUUUCAGGUUCUGUUCUUGUCCUGUUUCUCAGCUCUGUCCAACUCUUACUCUGUACCUACCUCUCCCCAACUCCUAUCUUGAUUCCUUUGAUAAUACUUCUGUGCUACCUCGUACUACCUUACAUUACUAGCUGCCAGCAAACGACCAACCAGUUCUGCAAUUCGUCCCCGUAGCCGGGAGGCCUAUUUGAGUUUAUUUCAUUUAAUUUCUUUACGGACGCGUCUGGAAUUUUACAUUCCGUCCUACUCGAAAGCUCCCCCGUCUCGUACUAGUUAAGACACCAGUGAGCAGCAAAUCCACUACAGCAUCCCGCACCUCCAAGUGUGCGCCGUAUUCUCCUACUUAGCCAGCCAUUGAGACACCAUCCAGACGUACACACAAUCAUCAGGAAGAACGUGCAACAAUGGCGGCUGCUGUCGAGGAUUCGGCCAAUUCCCUGGCAGCGAAUGCUGCCACGGGACUGCCCAACGAUGGCACUGGUGCCAUUAAGAUUGACCCCUGGCUUGAACCAUUCAAGGAUGUCUUCAAGAGGCGUUAUGCCAGAGCCCAGGAGUGGAUUGGGAGAAUCAACGUAUCCGAAGGAGGCCUUGACAAGUUCUCCAAGGGGAUAGAGGCCUUUGGUUUCAAUGUCGAUACCCGUGGGAACAUCAUCUACAGAGAAUGGGCGCCCAAUGCUGUCGAGGCUUAUCUGAUUGGUGACUUCAACGGCUGGAAUAGGAAGUCCCACCCCAUGACCAAAAACCAUUUUGGUGUUUUUGAGAUUGUGCUUCCACCCGAAGAUGGACAACCAGCCAUCCCCCACAACUCGAAAGUCAAGAUUUCACUUGAACUGCCCACGGCGGAGAGGGUCGACCGACUACCUGCCUGGAUCAAGUAUGUAACCCAGGAUCUAUCUGUCUCCCCGGCGUAUGAGGCACGGUUCUGGAACCCGCCCGCGUCCGAGAGAUACCAGUUCAAGAACCCGCGGCCCCCUAAGCCUACCAGUCUCCGCGUUUACGAGGCACACGUUGGAAUCUCCUCGCCGGAACUGCGUGUCGCCACGUAUAAAGAAUUUACCAAGAACAUGCUUCCAAGGAUCCGUGACCUCGGCUACAAUGUCAUCCAACUUAUGGCUGUUAUGGAGCAUGCGUACUAUGCUAGCUUCGGUUACCAGGUGAACAACUUCUUCGCAGCCAGCAGCCGGUACGGCCCCCCAGAGGACCUCAAGGAGCUUGUCGACACGGCCCACGGAAUGGGCCUCACGGUGCUUCUCGAUGUCGUCCAUAGCCAUGCUUCCAAGAAUGUCCUCGACGGCCUGAACCACUUCGACGGUUCCGAUCAUCAGUAUUUCCACGAAGGUGCCCGGGGUCGCCACGAGCUGUGGGACAGCAGACUGUUCAACUACGGCCACCACGAGGUGAUGAGAUUUCUGCUCAGCAACCUGCGGUUCUGGAUGGACGAGUAUCAUUUUGAUGGCUUCCGCUUCGACGGCGUCACAAGCAUGCUGUACCAGCAUCAUGGAAUUGGAACGGGGUUCUCUGGAGGAUACCACGAGUAUUUUGGACCCGAUGUAGAUGAGGAAGCUGUCGCCUAUCUUAUGGUCGCCAACCAAAUGCUCCAUGACCGGUACCCCGACGUUAUCACUAUCGCCGAGGACGUAUCCGGGAUGCCUGCCCUGUGCCUUCCCCUUUCCCUGGGCGGAGUUGGGUUCGACUAUCGACUCGCAAUGGCAAUUCCCGACAUGUGGAUCAAGAUCCUUAAAGAGCAGAAGGACGAAGAAUGGGACAUGAGUAGUAUUUGCUGGACUCUAACAAACCGACGCCACGGCGAGAAGACCAUUGCUUAUUGUGAGAGCCAUGAUCAAGCUCUGGUCGGAGAUAAGACCCUCAUGAUGCAUCUUUGCGAUGCUGAAAUGUACACCAACAUGUCCGUGCUGACGCCUCUCACCGCUGUCAUCGACCGUGGUAUGGCCCUGCACAAAAUGAUCCGCCUCUUGACCCACGGUCUUGGUGGCGAGGGCUAUCUCAACUUUGAGGGCAACGAGUUUGGUCAUCCGGAAUGGCUGGAUUUCCCCCGCGAGGGCAACCAGAACUCCUUCUGGUACGCCAGGCGCCAGUUCAACUUGACGGACGACCACUUGCUCCGGUACCAGUUCCUCAACAACUUCGAUCGUCUCAUGAACACCUGCGAGGCCCGGUUCGGCUGGCUGCAGGCGCCGCAGGCAUACCUGUCCCUCAAGCACCAAGGGGACAAAGUCAUCGUCUUCGAGCGGGGUGGCUGUGUUUUCGUUUUCAACCUGCAUCCGUCCCAGAGUUUCAGCGACUACAGGAUUGGGAUCGAUGUGCCGGGGACGUACAGGAUCGUGCUGAACACAGACUCCAAGGAAGUCGGCGGACAUGACCGUAUUGACGAGAGCACUCGCUUCUUCACCGAGCCGAUGGAAUGGAACAACCGGAAGAACUGCACGCAUGUCUACAUUCCGUGCCGCACAGCCAUUGUUUUGGCUCCCGAGUCUUGAUUUCUCGCACUCGUGGGCAGUGGGCUAGCUAUUGGAGGU